AUGCGCUGUUUCGUCGUCCCUUCCAACCCAGCCGUCGAUGUGACCCAGGGCCUCUAUCGGCGCUUCAACUCCGCUGUAAAGGCCGCCAACCCCGCCAUCAAAACCCUCCUCUCCAUCAGCGGCUAUGUCGACGUUUUUGACAACAACGUUAUCGGCAACGCCUCCUCCUCCCCGUCCUCCCGCUCUGCCUUUAUUCAAUCCGCGAUCGCCCUCGCCCGCACGUACAGCUUUGACGGCCUGGAUGUCUACUGGAAGUACACAACUGGCAACGCCACCCUGGUCUCCGCCCUGCUCACGGAUUUCCGGGCGGCGAUCGAAUCCGAAGCUGCCGCCUCUGGGAAAUCGAAGCUUCUGCUUUCUGCGGCAAUUCCUGCCUACGGGCAGACUGAAGGUCUAUCCUAUGACGCCCCGACGCUUAACAAAACACUGGAUUUUGUGAAUUUUAAGACUUACGAUCUGUCUGGGUGGAGGACCCUCAUGCACACUGCUCUGGAGGACCCGAGCAACCCCCAGAAGAGCAUCAAGGGUGCCAUGGCUGCCUUGGUGUCCCGAGGCUUGGCCCCAAGCAAGGCCAUGAAACCUGGUAUCCUCUAUUACAAGGAAAUCGAACAGCUGGUAACCACUGGAGGUUACACAGCUAAGCUCGACGCCCCAACAUUCUCUAUGUAUGCAGUGAAGGGUGACCAGUGGGUUGGUUACGACGACCCUUCCACCAUCACCACCAAGGUUCAGUUUGCCAAGGCGCAAGGCUAUGGAGGGUGGUUCUUCUGGGAACUGAGCCAGGAUGCCAAUUAUGCUCUGCUCAAUGCUGCAGUAGCUGCAUGA